AUGAGGAAGGAGAGUGAGGAAGGCCAUCAGGACUUUCGGAGCCUCCAAGCAAAGUUCCAGGCCUCUCAGCCUGAGCCCAGUGAACACCCCAGAAAACCCCCGAAACCUGAGUUCAACAAACUGCCAAAGAAGUUUCCACAGCCUGAGUCAGACGAGCACUCCAGGAAGUUUUUGCAGUCUGAGCUCAGCGCAGCCCCCAAAAAGCUCCCGCAGCCCGAGUUCAGUGCAGCCCCCAAGAAGCCCGCACAACCUGAAAUCAGUGAGCAACCCAGGAAGCCCCCACAGCCUGCAUUCAAUGAAUACCCCAGGAAACCCCCGCAGCCUGAGUUCAGUGCAGCGCACAAGAAGUUCCAACCGCUUGAGGCCUGUCCAUUGCCCAAAAAGCUCCCACAGCCUGAAUUCAUCAAGGCUCCUCAGAAGCCCCCAAAGCUCGAGCCCAGCAAUCCCACCAGGUCACCCUCAGAGCCCAAGUCUGGUGGGUUCCCCAAGAAGCUCUGGCCACCCGAGCCCAGUGAGGCCACCCUGAAGCCCUCUCAGGCCGAGUUAGGGGCUUUUCCCAAGAAGCCCCCGCAGGCCGAGCUCGAAGCCUUUCCCAAGAAGCUGUCCCAGCCAGAGUCAGGCACACAGCUCUGGAAGACCCCGCAGCCUCAGGUCGGUGGGCUCUCUAAGAAACCCCCGCAGCCUGAGUUCAGUGAGGGCCCAGAGACACCAUCCUUGAGACCGGAGCCCAGUGAGCCCCACUGUCACCCCCACCCCCCCAAGUCUGAGCUGGAUGCAUUUCCCAAAAGGGGUCUGCCACCUCAGCUGGCAGAGCGCCCCAGGAAGCCGGUGCAGGCAGAGUUUGGUGACCUCACCAGGACAGCCUCGGAGCCGGAGUUCGCUGUGUUUCCCAAGAGGCCGAGGCCACCUGAGCCCAAGAAGGCCCCUCAGGUCGAGCUGGGUUCCCUGCCGAAGACCACUUCAGAGUCUGAAUUCAGCUCCCUGCCCAGGAAGUUCCCACUGUCCGAGGGCCACAGGCUGCCCCGCAAGUUCUCACAGCCAGCCGAGUUCUUCAAUGACCUACCUUGGAAGCCCCCACUGCCCAACUCAGUCUCAGAGAGCUCGCUGCCCACGGCCACAGGGGGCCCCAGCGCCAGGUUCCCACUCAGUCCGGGCUUCAGAACCCGCCCCACAGGACAGCGGCGGCCAGGGGCCCUCGUUCACAGUGGAGGCAGGAGGCUGGGCCUGGGACCUGGCCACCCACCCCGGCGCAGGUCUCUGCCUCCUGCCAGCAGCCUGGGACCUCCUCCUCCAAAGCCCCCACUGCCCCCAGGCCCCCCGGACAUCCAGAGCUUUCGGAAACCCUCAACUACAGGUGGGUUGAGCUGUUCCCUGCAUCGGAGCCACUCCUCUGCUAGCAUCCACUUCUGGAUCCACCAGCGUGAAGCCAGCCCGAAGGACCCGGACCAAAUCUAUGAACUUUAUGACGACGUGGAGACAGAGGAAGCAAGCCCAAGCCCCAGGAGCAGAGAUGCAGUACCAGCUCCACAGCAGGUCACCACGAGACCCUCACAGGCCCCAUCAGAGCUCAGGAAGGAGAAGGGCCCCAAGCCACAGCAGGCGUCGCCUGUGGUGCCGCCCACGGACCUGAAAACCCUGAAGCAGAUGAAAAAGGCCGAGAAAGCAGAGCGGGAGUUCCGGAAGAAGUUCAAGUUUGAGGGGGAGAUUGUGAUUCACACGAAGAUGAUGAUUGACCCCAACGCCAAGACACGCCGUGGGGGUGGCAAACAUCUGGGGAUCCGGCGUGGGGAAAUCCUGGAAGUGAUUGAGUUCACCAGCCCAGAUGAGAUGCUGUGCCGGGACACCAAGGGCAAGUAUGGCUACGUGCCCAGGACAGCUCUGCUCCCCCUGGAAACGGAGGUGUAUGAUGACGUCGGCUUCGGCUUCUAG